UUGAUUCUUAAGGCAACACUAUGGAAUUGAUGGGAUAGGACAGUAAGGGUUCCUUUCUUCUUUUUUCUUGUUUAGAGUAAUGUGCCAUUAUGGAAUCUUUCCAAAGCAUUCAACUUUUUAUUGCUACAGCUCAUUGUUUUUACAUUGAUAUAUUUGGUAUAACAACUUUAUUUAGCUAUAAUCCACACACCAUAAAAUUUAUCAUUUUUAAGGGGUACAAUUCAUGAUUUUUAGUAUACCCACCAUUGAGUCUAUCUACUGUACACCACUAUGACCAGUGUCUAAUUCCAGAACAUUUUCACUACCUCAAAAAUAAACCCUGAAUCUCUUAGCAGUCACUUGCUGUUUUCCCCUGCCCUCAUCCCCACUCUACUUUCUGUCUCUAUAGAUUUGUCUAUUUAGACUCCCUUCACAUAACACAGUGUUUUCAGGAUUGAUCCAUGUUGUGACGUGUCAGUACUUCACUGUUAUUGCUGAAAAAAUUUCAUUAUAUACCUCAUUUUGUUUAUCCAUUCAUCAGAUGGACACUUUAGUUUCUUCUGGGCUGUUAGGUCCUUCCCCACCCAUGUUUAAUUUUUUAAAUUAAUAGAAUGUAUUUUUAGAACAGUUUUAGAUUUACAGAAAAAUUGAGCAGCUAGUACUGAGUUCCCAUCUAUUCCCCCCUACACACACUAACAAAAUAGUAGUAUGGGACAUUUAUGUUACAAUUAUUGAACUAAUAUUGACACAUUAUUAUGAAAGUCCACAGUUUAUUCAGAUAUCCUGAGUUUUUAACCUAAUAUCAUUUUUGUGUUCCAGAAUCUCAUUUAGGAUACCAUGUUACAUUUAAUAGUCAUGCAUCCUUAGACUCCUCUUGCCUGUGACAGUCUCUUAGAAUCUCCUUGUUUUGAUGAACUCGACAGUUUUGAGGAGUAUUGGUCAGGUGCGCAAGAUGCUCCUGUGUUGGAAUUUGAUGUUUUCCUCAUGACUAGGGGUUUUGGAAGAAAAAUCACGGAGAACCAUUUUCAUCACAUCAUACCAAGGGUAUAUGCUAUUACCAUGAUUUAUGACUAUUGAUGUUGACAUUAAUGACCUGAUCACCUGGCCGAAGGGGUGUUUGUCAGGUUUCUCCACUGUAGUUACUUUUUCCCCCCUUCUAUGUCCUGCUUAUGCUAAAGGAAUGGGGAGUUGCAGUCUACUUUUUUGGGAGUGGAGUGGCUACAUAAUUAGCUGAAAUUUUUCCUCAAGGGAGAGUUGUCUCUUUCCCCUUGUUUAUUGAUUCAAUCAUUUAUGUUUAUCAGUGUGGAUACAUGAAUAUUUUAUAUUUUGGGUUACAUUUUAAUUCUGUGUUUUGUUUCUCAAAUUAUCCCAGCUUUGGCCAUUGGGAACUCUUUCAGUUUUCUCCUGUGUCCCCUUUGAAAUACCCCCAUCAAUGUGGGUUUUGUGUUUUGUUUUGUUUUUGAGUACCUCCUUAUUUUUCUCCUUUCAUUUUUAAGUAACUCCAAUCCCUAUAGAAGUUGGGGCUAGAAAAACUUAACAAUGCUCCCUAUCGCAGGUCAUCCAGUUCCUAUGCUGUUGGAGGAAAUGUGCCUCACCCGCAAAGGGCUGGGGAGGAGGCAUCUGGGAUUAUUGUGGUUGAAUAAGACACCUGUCCUGGCCCUCCUGGAGCUUAGUUUAGUAGGUCACACAAGUAGUCAUUGGUAAAUUUGGGAUUCAAACAAAUCUGUUAGGCUCAGACCUGCCUGUUACUUGUCCUCCAAGCUGCAUAUAAACUGAGGAGCCUUAAAGGGUAAAAACUUCAGGAGCAGAGAAGACAAAAGUUUUAAAACAAGAUUUGCAAGAAAGCUGUUUUCCAGAUUUUAUUCCGAAGGCAUUAGCUACUUUAAGCUAUUUUUUGUUAUAUUUUGCCCUUGUAGUUGGCUUCUGAUUUCUUACUGAACAUUCAUUGUCAUAAUUAUAGACACUAUGUGACAAUCAAUGGCAUAUUUUGUGCUGCAUUUUUAUUAAAUGGCACCCCGAAUUUUUCCCAAGUAGGUAGGUUUUAAAUUAUGAAUAUAUACUGUGACAUGGUAUCUUACUUAGUACAGUACUCUAAUAAGAUUCUUAUUUAUAUAACAAAUAUUAAGUUUUAUUCCUCUGUAGUGCUACUUUAUGAGCUAAUUUAAAUGAAGCCAAUCUAAAAAUCGUGUUACUUCUAAGGAUGUUGAGUAAGUUGAACAAUUCCACUGCCAUAUCACCCCUCACCAGUGCAGAUUGUAAACGAGAACCCACUGAUUUAAAGACAACACUGCAGCCCCUUCUUGCCUCAUUGAAGUUCCUAGUUUUAUCAUUACAGUAAAAGCCCUUAAUGUUGGCACUUCUGACAGAAUGAAGGAAGAGCCAGAACCAGGCAGAGUAGUGUGAGCCUGUAAUCCCACCUACUCAGGAGAGUGAGGCAGGAGGAUCACUUGAGCCCAGGAAUUCAAAGCCAGUCUGGGCAACAUAGACCUUGUCUCUAAAAAUGAAAUGAUUAGGAAGAAGGAAGGGAGAGAGAAGCCAUUAUAGACUGCGUGUAUCUUUUCUAUGUGGAGCCAUUUUGUAAGAACAGCAUUUUUUCAAACUGGGCCCGUACUGGUACGUGUGAAAUCAGUUUAGUUGGUUAUGAUCAUAUUUUUAAAAAGAAAUAUCAGUAAUCACUAUAGUGUAAUUAUAUUGUUAUGUGAAACCCAUCUUAGAUACGUAUGUCUGUAUGUGCAAGAUUGUGAUCUAAAAUGCAUUUCUUACUGUGGUUAAAUAUUCAAAGAAGUUGGAGAACCAUUACUGUAAGGGCACAGAGGACUCCACGUGAGCUCUUCUGCCUUCCCUGAAUGAACUUCCACAACUUAAUGCUAGGACAUUUCAACCUUUUCUAAAAAUGAGAGUCGGAGAACAUCUUGGGGAGGAGAGGAAAAGGUAAAAGCGGCAAAGCAACACCCUCGCACCCUACCUCAAACCCCCCAUUCAGCUUGGGAAUGUUGUCAGAACCUUAAAUAUAAUUCAGCUCACCAUUCUGGAUAAGGACAGACUCUACCAAAGAAAAUGGGUAAUUACCCAGCUGUGAAACACGAAAACGUACUUUUACGGCUACACAUUCCUUUACAAACCACUGUGUACAUUUCAGCCUCCCCGCCUCCUGCCCACCCAGCCGCCAUUUCUUUUCUCCAGGAGAGAAAGCUGCAUGUCUAAGUGGUCAUAGAUUGUUGAGUAUCAUACUUUCCUACCUCGUUUUUAUUUGCGUGGUUUUAAUUGCGCCUUAACAGAACCCAUGCAAAGCCCGGCCAACUAGCUGGCUGCGCUGGAGGAGUGGAGCAUCUUCCUUGGUGGCAGGUGGGUGCGAGGAGGAGGGGGCUGGGCUUUUAUCAGGUCGGAUAUUUGCCCAGCAGACCCUCAUCAUUGGACUGCGUCAGGAGGAAGUGGCACCACUCCGAGGUAGGGGAAGAAGGAUUAUAAAGGGGGAGUCCACCACACAUGGUCUUGAAGAAGCUUUUAUAAAAGACAACGUGCAUACUUUGCUGGACGUUGUUGGAAAGGAGUAGAAACAAGCAGACGAAAACAUCCCAAAGGGUAACCACUAGUGUUCUUGCAACAUUAAUCCCAGGCUUCCAGCCCAGCCCACCCCAGGCCAGGUGAUCGGCCGCCACAUCCCCUGCGACUGAAGAACCUACUCCUCCAUGGACUUGCCAAGAGCUGAGCGCCUUCGUUCCACACUGCAGCGCAGCCUCCGGGACUCCGAUGGGGAAAACGGUAAAAUCAAUGCCCUGGGAGAGGAGGUAAAUGAAGACGAGGAGGAGAAGGCAAGCCAGCAGUUCCUAGAGCAGCAGCCCCAGCCGGGGCUGCAGGUGGCGCGGCGGAGCGGGGGUGAGCUUCCCAGAGAGCACAACGAGGGCAGCGGCGGCCCGAACGACCCCUCGGACUUUGGCACCGAGUUCAGGAUACCGCCGAGGUAUGCGGCGGCCUCUGGAGACGCCCCGCAGCCCGCAAAGCCCCCCUACUCGUACAUCGCGCUCAUCACCAUGGCCAUCCUGCAGAGCCCGCACAAGCGCCUCACGCUCAGCGGCAUCUGCGCCUUCAUCAGCGGCCGCUUCCCCUACUACCGCCGCAAGUUCCCGGCCUGGCAGAAUAGCAUCCGCCACAACCUCUCGCUGAACGACUGCUUCGUCAAGAUCCCCCGCGAGCCGGGCCACCCAGGCAAGGGCAACUACUGGAGUCUGGACCCCGCCUCCCAGGACAUGUUCGACAAUGGCAGCUUUCUCCGGCGCAGGAAGCGUUUCAAGCGCCACCAACCGACCUCGAAAGCCCACCACCUACCCCACCCCUUCCCUCUACCCGCUGCUCCGGCCGCCCUGCACAACCCCCACCCGAGCCUUCUGCUUGGGGCUCCUGCCCCGCCGCAGCCUGUCCCGGGGGCCCACUCCACCGCCGCGCCCGGGAGACGCCCGUGCGCUCUGCUGCACCCGCAUCCUCUUCGCUACCUACUGCUCUCGGCCCCCGCCUAUGCAGAGGCACCGGGGAAAGCAGAAGGCGCGGACCUGGUGACCCCUGGCACCCUUCCGGCUCUGCAGCCCUCGCUAGGUCCCCAGCCUUGGGAGGAGGGCAAAGGUCCCGCGUCGCUACCAGGAGGUGGAUGCAUCUCUUUCAGCAUUGAGAGUAUUAUGCAAGGGGUCAGGGGCGGCGCUACAGGGGCUGCGCAGAGUUUGUCCCCGACCCCUUGGAGCUACUGCCACCUGCUGCAGCGCCCUUCAUGCCUGUUGCAUCCCCAGACCGCUGCCCCUUUGCUGCACGUUUCCGCCGCCGCCGCUGCUCGGACAGUUUUGCAGCAACAGCAGCAGCAUCAGGAGGAGGAGGUCUGCGCGGACGGCUGCGCUCCCACCAAGGGCGCGGUGCUGGGAGCAAACCUGUCGGCCGCUUCUGCGCUGCUUAGGUACCAGGCAGUGGCAGAGGGCUCUAGGCUGACUUCGCUGGCUGUCCCUUUGGGUGGAGAGGGGACUUCACCGGCUUUCUGAGUAGCACUCACGCCCAGUUCCCUGGCCAACUCUGCAGGGCGCUCCAAGAGCUAGGUUGGAGGGCGGAGCGACCCGCAGCUGCUCAUUCCACCUUGCGCGGCCCAGACUGGGCCUGUGCAUUUUUGAAUCGCGCUGCAGAGCAAACACAAACUUCUGUUCGCUGCAAAAUGGUUAGAAAAACAGCUGGAUUCCGUUCCUCUAAAGACUACCUGAACGUAAACUUCGGAGGGCGUCAAGUCAUCUUUUCUUGCCUUCAGUUGUGGUUUCCACGGAUUUCCCGAUUUGCACAUUUCCUGGGGAACUAUGAAAGUGAGUGGGGUAUUUUGUUCUGGUAUUAAAAGAAAAACAAGCAAGCAAACAAAAACACAGCCUCCGACGCCAAACAUGUUCCCCCUUCUUCACUUCCUUGGAACUGGAAAUAUUAUUCCGAAGUGCAAAAUGCGUCCACCCUCUGUGUCUUCCUGAUAGGGAUGUGUAAUGUAAGUAGGAUGUUACUUUCAGAACAUUGGUAUCUGUGUGACUGACGUGCCAUCUUUCAUGUUAAAAUUAAGGUAUUAAAAUUAAGCCUAGUUAUAUAGACAAAAUAAAAUGCUAAGUCACUACACUA